GACCAACCACAGAUUUACGAUAAUGCCACUCUUCUCCCACCGCUUCACCACCGCAUCUUCAUCUUCUCCGGCGUCUCCUUCGUACUACAAUAAACCCUCUUCAAAAACCCAUAAACCAAACUCUUCUUAUGCUUCGUCUCGUAUUCAUGUAGCUAUUAUAUUCUUCUCACUUGUCUCUGUUUUCAUCGGAGUCGCCGGAACUAUCUUCGCACUCUCCUCCACCGGUCCUGCUUCUGUUUAUCGAUGCGGUGGAUCUAAGGACACUUCUCGGGUUAUUUCUGCUUCAAGAAAGCUUGGAGGAGAUGGUGGUAAUGGUGUUGUUGAAAGACGAAAGCUUUUAGGGUUUGUUGGGAUCCAGACUGGUUUUGAUUCAGGUGAUCGUAGAACUGCUUUGAGAAGUACUUGGUUCCCUUCUGAUCCUGAUUCUCUUUUGAGGUUGGAACAAGCGACUGGAUUAGCUUUUAGAUUCGUCAUUGGACGGUCAAAGGAUGCAAAGAAGAUGGCUGAGCUUGAGAAGGAGAUAAAAGAGUACAGAGAUUUUGUGCUUCUUGAUGUCGAGGAAGAAUAUGUACGACUUCCAUAUAAAACGUUGGCUUUUUUCAAAGCAGCUUUUAAACUCUUUGAAGCUGAUUAUUAUGUCAAAGCCGACGACGACAUUUAUCUGAGACCAGAUCGACUUGCGACGCUUCUUGCCAAGGAAAGACUUCACUCACAGACAUACAUUGGUUGCAUGAAGAAAGGACCAGUUAUAACUGACCCUAAACUAAAAUGGUACGAGAAACAGGGCAAUUUGAUUGGAAAUGAAUAUUUCCUACAUGCUUAUGGACCGAUAUACGUUCUUUCAGCCGAGAUAGUGGCUUCAAUUGCAGCAGCUCGGAAUGGCAGCCUGAGGAUGUUUAAUAAUGAAGAUGUAACUAUCGGAUCGUGGAUGCUUGCAAUGGAUGUACAUCACGAGGACAACCGUGCUUUAUGCGAUCCUCAUUGUUCCCCAAAGUCUAUAGCAGUUUGGGACAUUCCGAAAUGCUCAGGGCUUUGUAACCCGGAGAGUCGGUUAAAGGAGCUUCAUAAGACGGAUAUGUGCUCCAAGAGUCCGACAUUGCCUCCCGAUGACAUCGAUCAGUAGUUUGUUUCAAGAAUUGCCCCUCUGGAGACAGUUUUACGGAAUAUAUGAUCUCACAAGCA